UUAACAGCUAUCACACCUAUCUGGACCGACACGGCUGGUCGGCAGAGGGCAGAGUGGAAGCUCUCCCAAGGCAGAGAACACAGGCAGCCAUGCGGCAUCGACUAUGCUGUCUCCCGGGAGGCUCACUGAGAGGUGCUCCAGCGACGCCACACACCCAUAACGCGCCAAGACGUUCUAAAAAGAACCAAGAGAGGAAGGAAAGACAGACAGAUGCACUCGACACACUGCAUGUGAUGUGGUACGGAUGCCUACCUUGAGCUCCAGGAUCGCAUCGCGGCUCUCCAGAGAACCCCUCUCGAUCCUCAAAGUGCCGAUGGACGCCAGGCGCGACAACGGCCUUCCGCUCUGGCCGCCCUCGCCCGGCCAAUUCUCUGCAAACUCCCUGAACAUCUCCGCCUUCUGCUCAGGAGUUGCCUCGCCAGGCAGAUGCGUCGGCGUACGAGCAGAGUGCCGAAAGAACUUCAUCACACCGGUCUGCGGAGCACGCAAGUCGUCCGAUGCGAGAGUGAGGGAUUCGAGGGCCGGCGUCUCGAAGCAGUCAGCCAGGCCGAAGGCGCCAGACGGCAGGUUGAUGAUCGUGGUGAGAGCAUGAAGGCAGGGGAGGGGCCGCGAUGGGCCAGUGGGCCGGCCGGGCGGAGGGACGUACCCGUCGAUGCUGGUGAGAAUGGUGGUAAGGCUCCCGUCCGGUAACAGCUCUGCCGACGGAGGGGCUCGGCCUGACCCCCUCGCCUCACGCCGCAUGGUGUCGAUCAUCUUUUUCCGCCCCUCCACAUGCCCUGUCAAUAAGGACUUGAGGGGCUCAUAGAAGGCCGGGGGUGUGUCGAUGGUAAACGGGCUGUGGCCAGAUGUAUGACGGACGGUGAGUGUGGUCAGAUUGGUCAGGCGGCUCCCCCACUCUCUGGUCGCCGCCAGGUCUGCAAGCAUGGGGAUGUCUUCCUUGAACUCAGACGUGUCGAUGAGGACAUGGCGGUAGUGGGGAGCCACAGCCGCCACGAGCUCCUCGGGAGGGGCGCGGACGCACCACAUGGGAAGGUAUGAGAAUAUGCCACAGAGAUGGGGGACGUCCUGCAUGAAUGCCAUGGACACACAGUGACGGACGAAACUAGGGAGCGUCUCUCUGCCGUCCUGUACCUCUGUUUCGAAUUCUUCGAAUUGUCUGUCUGGGUCGCUGUCGAGGGAAGAGCCGGAGCUGAGGUCACUGUCCUCACUGUCCCCAUCGUCGUCGCUCGGACACCACUCGGAGUCGUCUUCGUCGCUCUCACUCCAUUCGUCAUCUGAAUGUCGACACAUAUCCACAUCCCCACCCAGAUGUUUUGCCCUCAUCCACUCUGGUGCUCGCUGCGUUUCCCGUACGUACCGUCAAGAUCGCCUAGUGCCGUGGCGAUCGCGGCGUUCUCAUCCCCCUCUCCGUCACGAUUUUCGUCUCCACCCUCCUCGCCGCUGCUGUCACCCUCGACAGACUCGCUCUCCGACUCAAGACUCGCUAUCGCUCUCGGCCUGUACGUAUAAGCAGAGAGGGAUAGAUAGGUAGGUCCGGCUUGCAUGUGUGUGGACCUCUACUCGCCCAGCGCACCUCUAAGUCUGCACCCAUUUGGGCGGCCAGCGGUUCGAAAGUGUCCUUGAUCUCCUGAGGGCUCAUGUCCUGUGGCGAAUAAAUAAAGGAACCGACAAAGAGGGCAGGAUGGAUUCGCUGCCUCUCUGUGUGUGGGCCGUAUGGUACCUACCCUGAUGUGACACGCAUAGGCAGCAUACGUCAGCUGUAGGAGCGAUUGCAAGUCCAAGAGAUCAGCAGCCUGGUGAAUUGCAUGCAGCAAGGCAAGGAAGGCAUCACCGCAACCAGACGAUGGAUGCCAGUGGGUACCAUAUCGGUCACGUACCUUCAUGACCUGAUACAGCUCUUGCCGAUCGGCUGUGCCCAACACCUCUCGCUCAAGCAGCAGCACUGGCACCUGACACGCCAACCAAGGAAUCGACACACAAACACUCAUCCUCACACACACACACACACUCACUCACACGCAUCCGCGGUGUAUGUGCGUCAUGGUGACUCACUUCUCCGACGUAGACCGUCGCUUCCAGUGGCUGCUUGAUAGCUGGUAUCUCCCUGCCGGCAUAAUGGCCGCAGUACUUGUGGAAUACCAUUUUCAGCAGAUGCGCAUCGAUGGGGAGAGGGAUCGGACUUUGAUCUGAUGGAUCUGAUGAAGCUGCACAGAGAAAGGUACUGGCUUCAAGCGCUUCGUUUCGUUGAUUCUGCUCACCCUCCAGGAUGCCCUUGACGAGGUUUGACCUCCGGGCGGCCUCGAGAGGAACCUCCACCACCUUUUUGUCUUUGGACUCGACUUUGAUCAUCUCAACUUCCGCGGUAGGAUUGGCUAUUUUCACCAUCCUCGUUCCAUCCCACACUGUCGAUGUUGUGCCCCAUUUCCCCAACAGUGGCUGAUAGUACGGCGCAGAGGCGCCGGAGCUGAGACCCUCCAGUACAGGGCCUGAAAGCCACUCCACGACUACAAUAACACCUCCGCGAAGGAGAUCACUGCCAGAGCUGCCAACAGAGAGGGGACGAAAAGCGCAGCGGAGAAGCGAGGAAGGACGAUGACCAAGGACAAGCAGAUAGCGGGUUGAACGAAGGUGAAGUAGAGCCACACCCAUAAUGCUCGCCACAUCAUACGAUUUGUGGAAAAGAGUGGGCAAAAGAAUGAAAC